AUGACUCUCAAAAUCCUCAUCUGCGGCGGGGGAUGCGCUGGAUCAGCACUAGCUUUCUGGCUUGCCCGCAAUGGCCAUCAAGUCGUCGUGGUGGAGCGCUUUCCGGCAUUAAGAGCCACAGGUGCUCAAAUUGAUCUACGAGGCCAAGGCAUUGAAGUCGCUAAACGAAUGGGUCUCAUAGACACCAUUCGCAGUAAACUAGUCGACGAAGACGGCGUGGCUAUUGUGGAUUCAGAAGGGAAGGUUCAUGCCACCUUCAUGGCCAACAAGACCGGAAAGGGCGCACAGUCUCUGACCUCAGAGUAUGAGAUUAUGCGUGGCGAUCUCGUUCGCAUCCUUUACGACGCUACGAAAGACAAUGUUAAAUAUAUCUUCGGCAAGACGGUUGUACAUUUCGAACAAGACGAGAAACAAGUCGUCGCCCACUUCUCUGACGGGUCAUCUGAUACCUUUGACGUCCUUGUUGGCGCAGAUGGACAAGGAUCUCGCAUUCGCAAAGCAAUUCUGCCUUCGGAUUCAGAUCCAUAUCUUAGAACGGGGGUGCACAUGGCCUAUUGGUUCAUUCCGCGUGCUGAGGGAGACAACAAUAUCCGCAGAGCCUACAACUGCCCGGGCGGCCGAAUCAUCAUGCGUCGAACGCAUAACUCGACCGAAUCUCAAGUCUACUUCAUACUCCGGGAUUCUACUCCAGAGGUCUCCAGCAUCCACAGAGCAUCGGUGGAACAACAAAAACAGUUCUGGACUCAGCGAUAUCGCGGCGCUGGAUGGCAGACUGAUCGAUUUCUAGAGGGUAUGAGAACCACAGAAAACUGGUAUUGCCAGGAAGUCGUUCAAGUCCGAACCAAGAUAUGGUCCAAGGGUCGUGUUGUGCUACUUGGAGAUGCUGCCCACUGUCCCUCGCCUUUUAGUGCAAUGGGGACCAGCGGGUCUCUGGUCGGUGCCUAUGUUUUGGCGGGCGAGAUCUGUCGACAGCCCGAUGAUCUUUCGCAGGCCUUUGCCAACUAUCAAAAGACUUUGCGACCAUUCGUGGACGAGAUCCAAAAGAUGAAUCCUCGUAUUAUAGGGUAUGCUUUACCGGAGUCGGAAUGGGGAGUUGCAGUUCUGCGUUUCAUUGGGUGGUUGAUGUGUUUCCUUCAUAUUCCCCAGCUUGUUGCAAGAUAUUCCGAUGAGAACAAGGGUGGAUGGCUUAUUCCAGAUUACCCGGAACUCCAGCGGGGCUAG